AUGUCAUACUACUUUACUAUCAUCGGCACGAGGGACAACCCUCUCUUCGAACAUGAGUUUGGCACUUCCAAGGCUGGUGGAGACGGCAUUGCCCGCUUUCGUGAUGAGGCCAGACACAUGAACCAAUUCAUCGUCCACAGCAGUCUCGACAUUGUCGAAGAAGUCCAAUGGGGAAAUAAUGGGCUGCAGAGCACAUUACUGGCCAACAAUCCGAGUAGUGCCCAAACAGAGGAAGCCGUCAGGCAAUUCAUGACCGACGUAUACGAAGCCUGGAUCAAAUGCAUCAUGAAUCCAUUCUAUGUCGUCAACGCUCCCGUUACCAGUCCGGUUUUCAGGGGUCGUGUGGCUGCUGCUGCAAAGAAAUAUCUCUGA